ACUUUACCUGACCUUCACUCGAGUCUUUCCUGGCAGUUUAUUGACCACCUCAUUUAUGUACAUGUAUUUUUUCGAGAUAGUGAUGACAUUAAAGUAAAAGCGGUGACAUUUGUCCUAAAUUGUUCAGGUUUAGCGCUUGGUUUUUGCUAGCAACACAACUAGCCCCUCAUCAACAGCACCAAGUCAAGGCUAGCAGAGAAACCAACUUCCUGGAGAUAUAUUGAAUUAAAAGGCUACAAAAGGAAUUAUUAGCUCUGCAAAAUGAUCCACCCCCAGGAAUGACGCUCAACGAAAAAAGUGUACAGAACACCAUUACACAGUGGAUUGUAGACAUGGAAGGAGCAACCGGCACACUGUAUGAAGGAGAGAAAUUUCAGCUGCUUUUCAAAUUUAGUAGUCGAUAUCCUUUUGAUUCACCUCAGGUAAUGUUCACAGGAGAGAAUAUACCUGUCCACCCUCAUGUGUAUAGCAAUGGUCACAUCUGUCUAUCUAUUCUAACGGAAGAUUGGUCACCAGCCCUCUCAGUGCAGUCAGUUUGUCUUAGCAUUAUCAGCAUGUUGUCCAGCUGCAAAGAAAAGAGACGACCGCCUGAUAAUUCCUUUUAUGUAAGAACGUGUAACAAAAAUCCAAAGAAGACAAAAUGGUGGUAUCAUGAUGAUACAUGCUAAUGUCCAAACUUGUAAUAAUCGUAGAAGAAAGAAGUCCUACUGACCUACGUAAAGCACUUUUUAAUCAUUCAGUCUUUGUACUCUGACCUUUGACUGGAACAAUGGACACCAUGCGCUGGAGGCUCUUGACUGCAUUCCCCCCAUGGGCAGAUGGAUGCAUGUUUUAGUUGGUUGUAAUAUAAAGAAUGAAAAUAAUUGAACGUUUAAAGGCACCCAAGAAUGAUCAUUUUUGGCAAAAAGGUAGUAAUGCAUCGAGCAAGCAAGGUGGAUCUGUAGUGAGAUAAUUAUACUUACUGUUUUAAGAUUAUUAUUGUUACUUUUUUGUUUCUUUGUGGAUGCAUUUUAAGGUCCUUGUGUUGUGCAAUAACUGAUGGAUGCAUGCUUGGGCCUACAAAGAGAAAUCCAAAUCUAAUCGUUUUCUGAAAGGGAUUGAACCAUCAUAACCCCAAGAAAAUGCUUCAUCUGUUUUUUGUUUUUUUUUUUGUUUUUUUUUUUUGAAAAAAUUAUUAUUAUAUGCACUGUGAAAGUAUCUAGUUUAAAAAGGCACUGUUGGUACAUUACUUCCAACUUGCAGUUAUACUGUAAGCAGUUCUCCACUUAUUCAUCAGGUUAAAAGGUUUUAGUUCAUAACCGCUGCAUCAAGACUACACACAAUUUUCUUUUUCAUCUUUCAACUUGAGACUUAGUUACAGUACUACCUGCUGUUGGACAGAAUGUUGGUACAGGAAUAAAACAGAUACAACGAUAGAUCGCUUAGUCAGCUGAUGACCUCAGUGUGCAUCUCCUCAUAAAGUUGGGUUGAACUUGUGUAGUGUUCACUAGUCCAGCCUUGAAGAUGUGCAGCGGCCGCUCUUCCAUUUAAAGAAUGUCUGUAGGAGAACAUUGUCGCAUGAUCAGUUUUUAUUUGUAAGAUACUUUUUUUUUUAUUUUUUAAAUCUCACGCUUUAAUCCUCUAAAAUGUUUGAUUUUUAAACGACUUGAGUUAUUUUUUGUAUUGUUUUUCAACUAGCUGAUACUUUGAAAAGGUGGGUUGUUUUGAUGUUUCAGAAUGUUUUUAAUUAAUUUUUUUUAUUUGUUAUUUAAUUUAAAUCUUUGUUUCAUCUCCAGAGGGGCAGGGAAUGACGGAAAGGAGCGUUUUUGUAGAAGUUGUAAAGAGGAGGCUUUUGUGAUUUUCCCCUGGUCAGAGUUUUGGCUCAGGUACUUUUUUCAAUAAAGAGAUCACCUCUAAAAAGAUACCUAUCAGAUAUUUUGAAUUUAACUAUAUUUUCACCAAAAGAGACUGUUAUGUUGUAAACUUAUAACAUGUCUGAAACUAUUGUAUAUACGUCUUCAAACUGCUGGAUGAUGUGAAAGAAAUUAGCAGAGGAUGCAUUUACUUUAUAGCGGAAUGAUAAUAGGAGUGCUUUAUUUCAUUGGAUGUUAGUCUGCAUCUUUUGUUAAUUAGGAUGUGUACAGUCAAUACAAAAACUACUGUUGGUUUAAAAAAAAAAAAGGUUUAGUAGUUUUACAGUGGGGGUGCAUGCAAUUUUAAACCCUACUUUUUCUUAUUGGCAUCAGAAAUUGUUAAAACUUUCCAUAACUUGGGUAAGGGUUUAUGGGAUGGAUAUUACAAACCUCACCUACAGAAGCUCUGUCGUUUCAGACUGUAAUCACUCCAUUCCUAACUAAAUGUUUAUCGCCAUCCAGUCAGAGAUACUUGAAUUUUCCAUCUUGCGUUGUUUGUAUUCCAUUUGCUUUUUCCAGGGUCUAGCUGAGUUUCUUGAAUGAACUUGAGUGAAUGUGAUGAUACUCUAUACUGUAGAGGAGAUUACUACAGCACACUGCUAACUCAAAAGUAUAUAAAUAACUUAAAGUCAUCUAUUGAACCAAUGAUUUUUUUAAAAAGUUAUUACUAGCUUCAUUGUAAUAGUCUUGUCUGCUGUCUCGGUGCUGUGAGAAAAAGGAGAUGGGACUGAAAUGAUUGUGUAAAUGAAUUCACAGCACCAUUUGUGCGGGGAAAAAAAGCCUUCGCCGAGUUAGCAGUAGAUCAGCAGAGAUUUGAAAAACUUGCGAGUGAAUAUGUUACAAAGAUUUGGAUGUGACAUGAUUUUUUUUUUUUCUUUUCUUUAUUUUCUUCUUAAUGUUGUUUGAAUUAUUAGCUUGCAGGUUGUUGUGAGUGAUCAAAACUUAUGAGGGUGUAUUAUUUAUAUUUGAAAAUUUUUUCUGGGAUGUGCAAGCUCCAUGUAAUAGGUGCCUGUUCAUUUUCAUAAUCAAUAAUAAAAGCAAAGAUUCACUUUUAUUCAACCUUG